AUGGCGAACGUCGGCGAGCACGGCGUACAGAUGCCGGCGGAUCCUCCCGCCGGCAAGGCCGCCGCAGGGCCGGAGAUGGGGCUGAAUCUUUUCAUUCGCUUCGUCGCGCUGAUCGAGAGGCUCGGCGACGCCUUGGGCACGCUGGCCUUCACCUGGGCCACCGUCGUCCUGCUCGGCGGCUACGCCAACUCCAACGACCUCGGCUCGGAUUUCGGGGUCUUGACGGCCAUAGUUUUCCUGGAAGCCUUGAGGUACGUAUGCAACUACUAG